GCUCCGGUCUCGAAGAAGAGCUUCACUGGCGACGGCGCCGCUGCGAUGCAGUUAUUCGAACUCUCCGUCAAACGCAUCGUUUAAGCGUAAAAAUGGCUUUAGGCAUGAAGCGCACCGUUUCUUACGAGUAGAAUCGGUUCAAGUUUGCGCGCGGUCAUUUUGCGUAACGGAAAUUCACCGCCACUUGUAUGCCGGCGUCGUAUGAAAUCUCUUUCGUAGCUUCACUGAUCCAAAAAUGCACCGCCGUAACCUGUCUAAAGAAAGGGCGGCAACUCCACGCUCUGAUCCUCACCAACGCCGUGGCUCCUGUCUGCCACCAAUCCCCAUAUCUGCACAACAAUCUCCUUUCUAUGUAUGCGCGCUGCAAUUCCCUCGAGGAUGCCAAGCAAGUGUUCGACAAAGUGCCCAAAAGGAAUCUCGUGUCGUAUAAUGCGCUCAUUGCAGCGUAUUCUCGAGCACCGGACCAUGCGGAUAAGGUCUUUGGGUUGAUUACCCAUAUGGUGUUUGAAUGCAUGAGACCCAAUGGUUCGACUUUCACGAGCCUGCUCCAAGCAGCUUCUUCGGUCGAGGAUCCGCUGAUGGGUUCUUCGCUGCACGCGCAGGUUGUGAAAUUUGGCUUUUUGGAUGUUGUUCGUGUUCAGACUUCGUUGCUGGGGAUGUAUUCAAAUUGUGGGGAUUUGGAAUCCGCAAGCAAAGCUUUUGGCUGUAUAAGUGAUAAAGAUGCUGUUGCUUGGAAUUCAAUAAUAUUGGGGAACUUGAAGAAUGAUAACAUAGAGCAAGGACUACGGAUCUUUUGUGAAAUGGUGAGCUCUGGUGUUAUUCCUACCCAAUUCACAUAUUCAAUGAUUUUGAAUGGUUGUAGCAGGAUGGGAAAUCAUAGAUUUGGGCAGGUCAUUCAUGCCCAAGUAAUUAUUUCAAACACCGAAGCAGAUUUACCCUUGCAAAAUGCGCUUCUUGACAUGUAUUGCAACUGCGGUGACCUAGAAACGGCAUUCUAUGUAUUUAGCAGAAUUGAAAAUCCCAAUUUAGUCUCUUGGAACUCAAUUAUCUCUGGCUUUUCAGAAAAUGGAGAUGGAAUGAUGGCCCUGCAUCUGUUUAUCAGGUUAAAGAGUUUCUCUCUCCCUAAACCAGAUGAGUAUACUUUUGCCUCGGUUAUUUCCGCAGCUAGUGCACUCCUUGCUUCUAAUUAUGGGAAACCUCUUCAUGCCCAAGUCAUAAAGGCUGGAUUUGAUCUUAGUGUCUUUGUAGCAACUACUUUAGUGUCCAUGUAUUUCAAAAAUGGGGACGCUGAAUCUGCAGAAAUGGCUUUUAAAAGGAUACUAAAGAAAGAUGUUGUUCUUUGGACUGAAAUGAUUAUGGGUUUUUCAAGAAUGGCUGAUGGGGAGGGUGCAAUGAGAUUAUUCCUUGAAAUGUGUCAAGAAGGGCAUAUGAUAGAUAGUUUUGCUCUCAGCGGAGUAAUAAGUGCCUGUGCAGACCUUGCAAUGUUAAAACAAGGUGAGAUGAUCCAUACUCUUGCCAUAAAAACAGGACAGGAUGUUGAAAUGUCUGUUUGUGGAAGUCUGGUAGAUAUGUAUGCAAAAAAUGGUGAUCUUCAUGCUGCUGAAUCAAUAUUUUUCCCACUUUCAAACCCUGAUUUAAAAUGUUGGAAUGCAAUGCUUGGAGCAUAUAGUCAUCAUGGAAUGGCAGAAAAAGCGUUGAAGCUAUUUGAGGAGAUUCUGAAGCAUGAACUAAGACCAGAUCAUGUAACCUUUUUGUCUCUACUAUCUGCCUGCAGCCAUGGUGGCUUUAUUGAAAAAGGCAAGGUCUUUUGGAAUUACAUGAAAGAAGAUGGAUGUGUACCAGGGCCAAAGCACUAUUCUUGCAUGGUAAGCUUGCUUGGUCGAGCAGGGUUAUUGGAUGAGGCAGAAGAAAUAAUUAAUGAAUCACCAUAUAGUAAAGAUCAUCUUGAACUCUGGAGAACUUUGCUAAGCUUUUGUGUAACAAGCAGAAACUUGGAGAAAGGAAUACAUGCAGCAGAGCAGGUUCUAAAAUUAGAUCCAAAAGACAAUGGGACACACAUCUUGCUUUCAAAUCUCUAUGCUGUGACAGAGAGAUGGGAAGGUGUUGCAGAAAUGCGGAGAAAGAUUAGAGGAUUGAUGUUGGAAAAGGGUCCUGGACUAAGUUGGAUUGAGGCUAAGAAUAACAUUCAUGUAUUCACUUCCGGAGAUCAGUCACAUCGCCAAGCUGAUGAAGCCCAAGCUGAACUGCAAAGGCUACGAGAAAAUAUGAUAAAAUCAGUAGAAGAUGAGUUGGAUUUGAACAUUGCUGCAUAAGAUGACAAUGAUCUGCAGUCGGUUAGCAAGGCUGAACCUGGAGUAAAAUACUUUGCCCACCAAGAGAGGACUGAAGAUUGGGCAUAAUGAACGGAGAUUGGCACUUUUUCAGUUUGAUACCAGCAUUCAAGAGCUACAAACUUUUGGUCUAGCAAUGCAACUGCAAAGGGACAAACAACACAUCUUCAUUGUCUAAACCGUCAACGAGUUAUGCUGUUCAUUCAAUCCACAGUUGAGAUUGGGCGUAAUCAGGGUGGGUACAUUACCAUCAAGCUUGAGUUCAGAUUUGGAAUACUGAUGGUGUGUAAUUUGCAAACAAUUGCGAAUAUCCAAAUCGCAAAUUGCUGUGUUUCCUGAAGUCUCGCUAGUUGUAGCUGUGCAUAGUUGAGUUUUCCGUAAGCUUGAAAAUUUUAAAGGUAAUAAACAGAUAGAAUUGUU